UAUGAAUACAAAUUGUCGUUCUUGGUACCUUGUUCUCUCCUGAAUUUGCCGCCAGGCAGACAAAAUCCGUGCUCUCGUUGGGUAAACAGGAAACAUUUAGCAAACACCUGAUGCGCACUCUUUCUGAAUGACAUAUUUUGAGCGGAGACAGUAGCCAGUACUAAUUGUGUUGUUCAAAUUACGGAUGAGGAGCAUGUCGGGCUUGAGUUUCCUUGUUAGCUUGCUCUAAUAUUUGUUGUUUAUCCGUCCGUACUGAGUUUCUCUGAGCAAUGCCUGUUGAGAGGAGUUCAAAUAAUAGUGAUUCUAGUAAAGUUAGUAGAAAAGUGAGAGUUGCCUUUGGAAAAAUGAAAGGGGCGGGUGAUGGUGUUAGAAUACUAAGGCCCAAGAGUAGUAAUGUUGAUAAAGCUCGUAGGAAAGUGAGAGUUGCUACAGGGGCAACAAACGGAUUGAGUGAUGGUGUUAGAACCGUACAGCCCCAAAAGAAAGGGAAUAAAAAGGUGCAGAGCAGAGGAAAUGGUAAUGAUGCUAUUCCAUAUAUUAAUGCGAAUGAGAAAUCAAGUAAAUCGCAUGGCAGGGGGAAAAGGGAUUUGAAAACAAAGACUGGAAAGGAAGGGCUUGAAGAGGUUAUUAAUGGAAACUCAGGUCUGAAGAGGAAGAGAAUUUAUGCUGAUCGAGAAAUGGUUGAGGAUAGAAAGCUUGAUGGUAAUGACAAAAAGUCUGUAUCAAAACUGCAAAAAGGUAUGAUCAGAUCCUAUUUGGUUAAAGCCAAGACGGCGGCGAGAGGAAAAGAUCAUGAGUUAAAGAAUUCUACCAGAAACACAUCAUUGGCAAGAGGUAGUAAAUUCAAGGAAAGUGAAUUUCAUGAUAAGAAAAUCCGGAGGGGCAACGUGGAGAGUGCUGACAAACUGAAACAUGUUCAAGAGAAUGGUUUACAAAGUGGAACAAAGACCUUUAUUAAGAGGAGAGCUCUACUGACACCAAAAACCGAUCUGAACCAGAGAAAAUAUGCAGCUGGUUUUGAGAAACUUCAGAAGAAAAAGGAUCAAGGCAAGAAGAGCUUGGACACUGAUUCAGAUUUAACAGAGGCCCCACCAAAGAAGAAAAAACGAGUUAUCCAGAUAGAUCCUCAUGAUAUAUCCAAUAAGAGAUUGGAUGAUGAUAUAAAUAGUGGUAAUAAUCGAGCCCAGGUGAAUUUGGCAGAAAAUACGGGCGCUGAGAUGUCAAAGAAUGCGCAAUUUCGUGCCAUACGUCCUACCUCCUCUAUCCUUUCUUUUGUAGAGGACAAUUUAUUAGGACGUAGACGUGACAUUGAGUUUAGGAGGGCCGGCUACAACACUGAGCUUUCUGCCCCUUUAGACAACAUUCCCUUCUCAACAGGUUCCGAAAGGGAACGGAUCGAAGUACCAGUAUUCAGGAAUAAAUUAGAAUUCUUUGCUGCUGCAAAGAUCUCGUCAUCAUUCCCAUCUCCUGAUCUUCCAGAGAUUGCUUUUGCAGGACGCUCAAAUGUGGGAAAGUCGUCUUUGCUGAAUGCACUAACCAGGCAAUGGGGUGUUGUACGGACUUCAGACAAGCCGGGCCUCACUCAGACAAUCAAUUUUUUUAAGCUUGGAUCUAAGCUUUCUUUAGUGGAUUUGCCUGGAUACGGUUUUGCUUACGCCAAAGAAGAAGUGAAGGAGGCUUGGGAGGAACUUGUGAAAGAGUAUGUUACCACACGCGCUGGUCUUAAGCGAGUAUGCCUUCUUGUAGACACAAAAUGGGGUAUGAAACCAAGGGACCAUGAACUCAUUGAUUUGAUGGAAAGGUCCCAAACGAAGUACCAAAUUGUUUUAACGAAAACAGAUGUGGUCUUUCCAAUUGACGUGGCGCGCCGGGCAACACAAAUCGAAGAGGAACUCAAAGCAAAGAAGUCUGCAGUUCAACCCUUGAUGAUGGUAAGCUCGAAAACAGGGGCUGGCAUCAGAAGUUUAAGGACAGUUCUUGCUAAUGUUGCUCGAAUGAUCAGGCGCUAAAAGACACUUCUUGAAAGAUGACAUCGGUGAGCUACAAAUUGGGUUGGAACGCUUGUGGCAAAAUGAAAUGCUUUCUUCAUUUUAAAAUACAAUGCACAUUGUAUAUGCAGUUGGUGUAGUGUUAUGGGUAGAUUGGAUGAAACUUGGUUUCAAUCGUCAGUCUCCAGUAAGUCGAAUUACCAAUUAAUUGAUCGAAUUUGCAUCACUCUCUCCUUUGUAUUUCUCCCACUUCUAUUGUUGUAGAAGUAUGGCACGUUGAAUCAUGUUUAAGAUGCUGUAAGGAGUAUUUUGAGGUCGGUACAUAAUACUUGAUUCAGUGAACAAUAUGUUUAAUUUAGGGAUAAUUACAAUAUCCUUU